AUGUCGUUCGUGAAGCAACUCUGCGUUUGGUGCGAGCGUCCGACGGUGGACGGCGCUGUCCAGGCUUUCCAAUUGGACAACGAGAAGCUGCAGACUUGGUUCUUGAACGUCUGCGGAUUCGAAUUUGCCAAAGAAAUCGAGGAUGAAGAUCUGAUUUGCAAUUUCUGCAUCUGGCACGCUGAGUUUCUGGCCAAAUAUGAUAGCGAGCUCGAAGCUUUGGCUUGGUGGUCACAAGAUCUGACCUGUUUGGACGAAGAGGCGAAGGAGCUGAGGAAGAAAUAUUUAGAAGGAAAAGCAGAGCAGUGCUGGGUGCAGCUGGAGAAGAUUGAGUUGCCGAAAAGCGAGACAGAAGAAAAUGCAGAGCACGUGGAAGUGUCUGACGGUCGAAAGAGCGGGAAGAAAUGUUUCUACUGUGGACAAAUUGUCGCAAACAUUAGUAGUCACGUGAGAAAGAAGCACGAGAAUGCCAUCAGGUGUGACUUUCGUAAAUGUGUCACGUAUUUCCACACUGUCGAGGAAAAGGACAAACACACCAAGGAAGUGCAUCAAAAGUCUCAAACAAAGAAACUGAUCAAGUGCAAUUUUUGCGAGAAACAGUUUCGGAGCUUCACUGAUUUUGCUAACUUGAAAAACCACUUGGCUAUGAAACACAAUUUGAUUGAACGCAAAUUCGAAUGCGGUGAGUGCCAGAGGAAAUGA